CAAACAAUAUGUAAAAUAGGCCUCAAAUAUUUAUUAUUUUUUAGUAGAAAGACACUAGAUAAACAAUAGAUUAUAAAGAGUCGGCAAAAUUCCGCAAAAGCGUAGAAGACGUUUGGUGGUGUACAGCAAACCGGCCCCCAGCAAUAUGCAUCAGCACAUGGACUUGCAUGCGCCAGUCGACUUAAAUAAGUCCCUGGACGAAAUGACGCCAGAAGAACGAAUGCGUGCUGAGCAUCAGCUGAUGGUAGAAAAACACAAGGGACACGAAGCCAUGCACUCGGAAAUGGUCAUUAUUCUGUUUGUUACGCUUGUCAUUGCACAAAUAAUACUUGUGGAAUGGAAAAAGCGCCAUUACAGCUCCUAUGCAUUUUUAACGCUACUUGCAAUGUGGUUCAUACCAUUCAUAAUUUCCUGUUCCUUUGGCUGGGUACGGUUUAUUGUUAUUUGGAUAAUAUUUACAUGCAUAACUGCAUGUGUUAUGCGCCGAGCCAUGAGCAAACCUAUACAAGGUACCACACCAAGGCUCGUCUACAAAUGGUUUUACUUUAUCUACAAGCUGAGCUAUGGACUUGGUAUUAUUGGCUAUUUGCUCAUCAUGGCUGCCUUGUUGGGUAUGAACUACAUAUUCGCACAGCCACCAAAUACCUGGAUGGAUGUGGGCCUAAUGUUCUGUUUCUACGGUCUCUAUAUAGGAGUACUUGGCCGUGAUAUUUCUGAAAUAUGCUCGGAUAAGAUGGCAGCUGCUAUUGGCUAUUACACCCCUCAAGGCAUUCCCACGCGGCACCUGGAUCACAAUGUGUGCGCUGUCUGCGGUAAUAAACUGUUGGUUUCCGAAAAAGAGGAGAGCGUCAUUGAAAACACAUACAAGCUGUCCUGUAAUCAUGUGUUUCAUGAGUUCUGCAUACGUGGUUGGUGUAUUGUGGGCAAGAAGCAGACGUGUCCAUACUGCAAGGAGAAGGUCGAUCUGCAGAAAAUGUUUCGAAAUCCGUGGGAAAGACCGCACGUACUCUAUGGCCGCCUGCUGGACUGGAUUCGCUGGCUUGUUGCUUGGCAACCUUGCAUUUUUUUCAUAGUACAUGGGAUCAAUUGGUUGUUAGGCUUAGAAUAGCUCAAUUAAACUGUUGUCCGGUAUCUAGUCAGCCUCUUUCAUGUCUAUGUAUGUAUGUAUUAUAAAUAGUGAAGCGCGUGUUAACCGAAACCAAAGCUAAAUUAACAGUAGCAUGUUCAGCGUAUCUCCAUACGCACUAUAACAAAUCAUUGUUUUGACUUGCUAACUUUUUCACAAUAUACAAGUGUACAUACAUAUUCGAUGUUAUGUUUCAGUAACAGACGGGUGCUUGUACUAUCUAUUUUUCCACUAAUGUUUCAUUAUAAGUGAACAUUGUUUUAGAUAUUUACAUAUGUAUUUCUUAAUACAUAAGUGCACAUGCAUCUACAUAUGUGCCAUUGGUGAGUGGUAAAUUUAUGUGUAUAAAAUGUGUGAAAAAAAUUUUAAUUUAGAUUUCGACACCAAAAACUUUAAAUGUAAAAACUAUAUAAACACAGAAAAACUA